CUUUUUUCACUCUCAAGUAUUUUGUAACAUGGACUGCAUGUUUUCCAUUUUAAAGUUCCACUUUCUAUUCAACUUAAUUAAAAAAUAUAGCAUGAAGCUUAUCAUAUUCUUGAAACCUGUUUCUUUUUACCUGGUUUGUAAAAUCAUAAGCCCCCUGAAUGGCGAAGAAUUUUUCCUCUCCUUUUGUUGGGCCCUAUAGAUGCAGGAAAAAUAGGCUUGUACAUGCAGGAAAGAGAGCUUGCCAUUAGCUUGGAAAGUAACACAUACUAACUUGACCAGCUAAGCUGUUAAGAGUGCAGGGAGAUUGAGAAAUACAUGGAAGGCAGGGAGGACUUGGAGGGAUGCACAAAGGGAAGAGAAUCAGGUUGAGAAUAGAACAGGAAUAAAGAAGAGAUUUGUUACCUUAAAAUGAGAGGAGGGGAGGGGAAGGGGAUUUAUAGUUCAAUUAGGAUGUUGUUAUCAAAAUUAUAUAAUUUCAGACAUGAUACAUGACAGCAUGUAAGUUAGGAAUGAGCAUGUAAUCUUUAAUGAUUUGUGUGCAUCACCCAAUUGGCUAGGUUAACUGGGCUUACGCCUUAACUUAUCCUUAGCCUGUUUGACUAUUAUAUUAACAUUGAGAGAUGAAGAAUAUGCAUGUUCCUCUUGGUUAUGGUUUGUAAGGGCAAGCGAGUGGCUACUUCUCUUCGAGGCAUAGGGAGAGUGAGUUGCCACUUCUCUUUGAGGCAUUAAUCCAUUAUUAUGGAGCUUGUGUUAAAAUUAGUGUUAUUGCUAUUUUUUAAGAUUGUAAAAUAAAUAAUAGACAUCAAAACAUAAUAAAUGUAAUAAUAAUGAUAGCAACAUUAAUAACAAUGACAACAAUUGAUACUUACUACUUAAUACCUAAUAGCCAUAACUAAAACAUUUUUAACAAUUUUAACAUCAGUAGCAAUAUACAUAUCAAGCUUAGCCAUAACUUGCUUCUAGUCACCAGUGGACUGAAUACACAUCACUUGCACGAGCUCGCAUAGGAGCGGAGCACAUAUGCAUCCACAUAAUGCAGCCACAUAAUGCUAAGUAGGAUUGCAUAUGCUAAGUGGGAUUGCAUAUGCUAUAUGGGCUGCCUGUUUGUCCCACAUGCAGCGCAAACACAUAUAGUGAUUGCUCAUAGGAAUGUGUUAUUGUUGGGGGAUGAAAUUUGCAUAUGCAGCUGCAUUUACUGCUGUUGAAACAGUGAUACAGAUUCUCCUUCAGGUGGUCACCUUAUGUUCGGCGCACUUUACUAAAUCUUGGUACCAUUCCAUGUCAUGAUGUGUUUGCAAAAUACUUGAACCAUGGACUGAUGUUAUUUGCAUGUUUCAAGAAGGGAGCUUGGUCCUUCAUAGUUACCGGUAUAAACAUGCCAUAUGGAGCAAAAUUUUUAAGUUUCAGCAAAAAUUGACCAGUUUUAGUUGAGAGCAAACCAAAAUCAACCUCCAGUUUUGGGUUACUGUUAGGUUUGAUAGUUCAAAUCAAUUUUGACCUAAUUUCAGUGCUCUCUGUUAAUUUUGGCCAAACAUGACCAAAGCUUGCCAUACAUGCUUUCUUUUAAGGUUUAUUUGGUGUCUCCAUUCAUAUUGGGUUCGUUUCUUUCUUUAUUUAAUUAUGUAGGUUAUUUGGUAUAUAGAUAUUUUUUAAUUUUUCCUUCCACAAGUUAAGAUAAUAUGGAAAAUUUAACCCUUGACAGGCUGAGGUCUUAGAGAAAACCUUUGUUAUAAUAAUUUAUAAAAACUAAUCUGAACAACUAGAUACUAGACAUUUCACAAAAAUAUCAUUUUAUAUAAAAUAAGCAUAGCAUCGUUCCGGUAAAUGGAAAUAUAAUGAAAUUUUGAACAACUAAAGUCCAAAAAAAUGAAAAAUAUGUUUGUUUGUACGUGUUCACAGUAGAAAACACUAGCAUAUUUAAUUUCACUUAUAUGCAAUAUUAACCUCACCUUAAGGUUGUCAAAACUCCAAAAUAGAGAACCUAGACAACAAAAUAUGCUCUAAAAUGUUGUGUAAUGAUGUUUCUUGGGCUUCUUUGUUUUCUUCUUCUGUGUUUCUUAUUUUUUGACUGAGGCCCAAAACAAGGAACAAAAAUUUCCAAAACCAUUGAAACCUAAACUCAUGGGACUUGGCCAAAAUGAAAACCGACUUUUCAAACAUUAACAUAGGGGGCGCUUUGCAUGUGGCUUUAAUAUUGACUGGAUCAACAUUUGAAGAAUGCUUGACUUCCCUGUAGAUUGGAUGAUUACCAGGCUUUAGUCCAAAUGCAUUGUCGGGAAAUUUAGGGAGGGCAUCAGUUAAUCUGGAUCCAUGCUUAAAGAGACCAGGAAGUUGGAGCGCAUAGUUCUUGUACAUUAUCGUCAAACUUCAGAGGAAAAUGCUUCUCAGAACCCUUCAACACCGGUGGAAUGUACAGAAGCUUUAUCCUUGACAAACAGGAUGCAUCAUGGUUCUCCAUCAACACCAAUAAAUUCUUCUGGUUCAGCUCAUUCAGAGUUGUCUGGAUCUGCUGUUAUGUCAGAAGAAAUCAACUCAAGGGAGGAUCAUGCAAUCAACACUGGUUCUGGUAUAUCUCUGGCUGACAAUUGUAAUGAACUUUGGAAUCAUGAGUUAAGUCUACAUGAAAUUAACACACUGGACUGGGAAGAUCUAGUGGAGCCACAGACUUCCACUGUUUCUAUGUUAGGUAGAGAAGGUGUUGCUUCAUCCUCUGUCCAACAGAUGCCAGAUGGUUUUAGGAACUCUGUGAACAAUCAUAGCUUUCUUCCAUCUCAUGAUGUGGUUGAGGGAGUAACUUCUUCUGGACAUCCAACUGAUGUUACUAAUGGUAAUGGGAUCAUUGGAGUUAACCACGUAAAUGGUGGUUACUUUCAAACGGCAAAGAAUCAGGAGAACCCAUCACCGCUGUUCAAGACUAUGAAUCCAACUUCUCAAGUAGCAGACAUCAAAUUAGAUUCUGUUCAUAGCAGUGCGAGUCCAGAUAUUUUUACUGGUGAUGUUUUCCUUGCUCAGAAUAGUUUUGGAAGGUGGAAUUGCAUGAAUGAUGAUUCCCUUGGCUUUGUGGCUGAUCAACUUGAAGCCUUAAAUUCGAGUGGCGACAAAUCAAAUGCUUUUACAAUAAUGGAUCAGUCCUCAACUGCGGAACAAGUUUUCAGUAUUACUGACAUCUCGCCUGGAUGGGCUUAUUCCACAGAGGAAACCAAGGUUCUGGUUGUAGGACAUUUCAAUGAACCAUACAAACAUCUCAUGACAUCCAAUAUUUAUUGUGUCUUUGGGGAGAUGCAUGCUGCUGCAGAGAUGAUUCAAGCUGGUGUCUACCACUGCACCGCAAUGCCACAUCCACCUGGCUCAGUGAAUUUUUUUAUGACUUUGGAUGGCUAUACACCCAUUAGCCAAGUUCUGAGUUUUGAUUAUCGAUCAGCGCCGAGUGUUAAGUUGAAUGGAGGGGUUACUUCAUCAGAAGAUGACAAUAACAACCUAAAGUGGAAAGAAUUUCAGGUGCAGGCAAGGCUUGCUCAUUUACUUUUCUCUACAACCGACAAUAUUUCCAUUCAGUCCAACAGGAUACAAUCAAAAUCCCUGAAGGAAGCAAAAAGAUAUUUAUCAGCCACAUCUCCUUUAAUGGCAAAGGAUUGGAUGAAUCUGCUCAGGCUAAGCAGCAAUAGUGAAGCCCUCCAUGUACCAGCUACCCAAGACUUGUUUGAGCUGGUUCUGAAAAAUAAGUUACAAGAAUGGAUUUUGGAGAAGGUAGCUGAAGGUUGUAAAACAACUUCCCUUGAUAGUCAAGGUCAAGGAGUCAUCCACCUCUGUGCUAUUCUAGAUUAUGCAUGGGCUGCUCGUUUGUUUGCCUUGUCAGGCAUGUCUUUGGAUUUUCGAGAUGCUUCUGGCUGGACAGCACUACAUUGGGCAGCAUAUUUUGGGAGGGAAAAAAUGGUUGCUGCCCUUUUAUCUGUUGGGGCAAAUCCAAGCUUGGUCACGGAUCCUACUUCAGAAUUCCCUGGAGGAUGCACUGCUGCUGAUUUAGCAUCAAAUCAAGGGUAUGAAGGCUUGGCUGCAUACCUUGCAGAAAAAGGAUUAACUGCCCAUUUUCAGGCUAUGUCCUUGUCUGGGAACAUAAGUGUGCCCCUGUCACCAAGUUCAACCAACCAAGUGAGCUCUGAAAAUGUUUAUGCUGAGAACCUUACAGAACAAGAACUGUGUCUAAAAGAAUCAUUAGCUGCCUAUCGAAAUGCUGCUGAUGCAGCAGACCGCAUACAAGCUGCAUUCAGGGAGCGUGCUUUGAAGCAACAAACAAAAGCAGUUCAGUUGGAUAAACCUGAGAUUGAAGCAGUCCAGAUAGUUGCUGCACUAAAGAUUCAGCAUGCAUUCCGCAACCACAGUAGACGAAGGAUGUUGAAGGCUGCUGCACGAAUACAAAGCCAUUUCCGUACCUGGAAGAUUCGAAGACAUUUCCUUAACAUGCGUAAACAAGCCAUCAAGAUCCAGGCUGUAUUCCGAGGUCAUCAAGUGAGAAAGCAAUACUGCAAAAUAAUAUGGUCAGUUGGAGUGCUUGAGAAAGCAAUCCUGCGCUGGCGUUUGAAGAGAAAAGGCUUACGUGGUAUUCAAGUUGAAUCGAAAGAAGCAAUGAAAGUGGAUACAGAAGAAGAGAGCACUGAAGAGGAUUUUUUCAGAAUUAGUAGGGAGCAAGCUGAAGAACGUGUGAAAAGAUCAGUCAUACGGGUCCAGGCCAUGUUUCGUUCACAUCGAGCUCAACAAGAGUACCGAAGAAUGAAGCUAGCCCAUGAGCAGGCAAAUGUAGUGCUUCUUAAAGGAGAUAUCUUAAAUUAUUUUUGAUUAUAAAUUCACUUAAAAUAUCAUGAUGCCUACAGCAAGAUCUUUAAGGUCACAACUGAUGAAAGAUGCUUAAUAGACUGACUUCUGGUGACAAACUUGCUCCCUGUCAGAUGUUGGGCCCAAUAUCUGACCAAGUGGGGGUUUGGGUGGCGUCAGAAGCGGCUACAUCAAGCAUUGCCCACUAACAAAUCCUAUCCUGCCUCUGUUGAAAGAGAGUAUGUUCUUUCGAAUGCACAUAUAAGUAAAAUGUCAUCCAUCAAACUGAAGCCCUCUGCUUCAGUAUAUGUAAAUUGCGGUUGAAUUUGUUGAGCCAGUUGCAUAGUUUGAACCUGCUUCAUGCUAAUGAAUGGGACAUAAAUUCGGUAUUGUUGUGCUUAUUAUGUUAA